AAAGCGACCGACCCCAAUGUGAAGACAACCCGAUUAAGUUGGACGUUUCGAUGGGCGUAAUACAAUACCAUUCAAAGCGUUCGACGUUACACUCUCUCCAUCUCUUUCUUGGGCUGCACCAUCAUAUACCAUGGCAAGCUUAUACAGAGGUGUUUCUAGGAAGGAAAAGCCUAAAGGACGUCAUGGGUUAAAUCCCCAAAAGAAGCAGGAGAUUAAGGAAGCUUUUGAGUUAUUUGAUACUGAUGGCUCUGGGACUAUUGAUGCCAAAGAGCUUAAUGUGGCAAUGAGGGCUCUUGGAUUUGAGAUGACUGAAGAGCAAAUCAGACAAAUGAUUGCAGAUGUAGACAAGGAUGGAAGUGGUGCCAUUGAUUAUGAUGAAUUUGAAUACAUGAUGACAGCAAAAAUUGGAGAGAGAGACACUAAGGAGGAACUUAUGAAAGCAUUUCACAUUAUUGACCAUGAUAACAAUGGGAAGAUAUCUGGAGAUGACAUCAAGCGUAUAGCAAAGGAGCUGGGUGAGGCCUUCACCGACAAAGAUAUUCAAGAUAUGAUUGAAGAGGCAGACCGAGAUCGUGAUGGUGAAGUGAAUGCUGAUGAGUUCGUUAGAAUGAUGAGGAGAACGACAUAUGGAUUCUAGAGAUCAAAUUCUUAGCAGAAUGUGUAUCCAUCCCUGCGAGGCUGACUAUGGUAAGUACAGUUGUGAGAAUAAGAGACAUGCCAACUAUAUUAUUGUUCGUAUGUUUCUAAAUGUAAGAUUUUAAACUUCAGAGUUAUUGAAUAUAUUUUGUUAUUUUUAGUUUGAAUUUUGUGUAAUGCUAAUGACUGGCACAGUACAAUAAAGGGGAAGCUGAGAAAUAUAUACGAAAACCCUUUCGAGG